CGCAGCCGUGGCGAACGCAGUCUCGUGCGCUGACGUUUCAAUUAGUGACAGCUGACGCGACGACAGAUUAAGAAAUCAUCAGCUCAAUAAAUAUUAAUAUAUUUAAAGCGCAUACAGAUAAUCGACGCGGACGCAAAGACAUGUUUUCAUGAAUUUUAACGUGAAUUGAAACUGAGUGUGUUAGUUUUUACGGACGAUUCAGUGAUGGCUUUCGAAGACCGGUGCAGUCCGAACCAGGCGAACAGCCCAGGCCCAGUGGCAGGGAGAGUGCCGCCUCCUCACCCCGAGAAUCCGAUGAGCUACUGCCCGCCCAGCCAGUAUACUUGCACGACGAUUGAAUCAAGGUACGAGAGAGGAUCCCCCAAUAUGACCAUCGUGAAGGUUCAACCGACCUCACCACCUCCCAGUCCGGAACAAAACCAAAGCGAAGAAAACUACCAAAAUUAUUACAGACCUGAGACUCCGGACGUCAAGCCUCGCAUUGCGGACGACAGAUUCGACCCGGAGCGAAUGCGUGCCCAACAACAAACCACUCCCAUAGCCUUUUCUAUAACCAAUAUCUUGCAUCCUGAAUUUGGGUUGACAGCUAUAAGAAAAACAAGCAAGAUCGAAGGUCCGAAACCCGUUGGACCCAACCACAGUAUUUUGUACAAACCGUACGAUUUAUCGAAAGCGCAAACUGAUUAUCAGAAGUACAGUUUCGAUUAUUUAAAAUCAAAAGAGAGCGAGUUCAAUCCUUUACCUCCUUUGGGGGGUUUGAGGCAGACUGUCUCUCAAAUUGGGGAGGUGCAGAAAGAGAAGGAGAUACCAAAGAUAGUGGAACCGCAGAAGAGGCCAGAUUCUGCGAGUUCGAUCGUUUCUUCGACGUCGAGCGGGGCACCGUCGACUUGUGGGAGCACUGACACCAACAACCAGGGCUCCAACGCGACCCUAUGGCCGGCGUGGGUGUAUUGCACCAGAUACAGUGACCGACCUAGUUCUG